UCCGAGAGCGGUGCUAACUCAAUUAAAAUAUCAAUGUCAUUAGUAUGAUGUGACUCCUCUAAAAAUGCUAAUAAAAUUGUGAAAAAACUGUAAUUAAUAAAUAUAUUGUUUAAAAAUUGUUAGAAAUGAGUGAAAACGAAGGGGUGUUAAUUUCUAAAAAAUCGGGAAAACAAAAUAAUAUUUUGCCAAUAUGGGGAAAUGAAUCAACAAUGAAUCUUAACCCUUUAAUAUUAGCUAACAUUCAGGGUUCAAGUUAUUUUAAGACAACUUUGUUUAAACUUAAAACGUAUCAUGAAGUUGUAGAUGAAAUAUACUAUCAAGUGAAACACUUAGAGCCUUGGGAACGUGGAUCUCGGAAGACAUCUGGCCAAACAGGAAUGUGUGGCGGUGUACGUGGUGUUGGAGCUGGGGGAAUUGUUUCUACUGCUUUUUGUUUAUUGUAUAAAUUGUACACAUUACGUUUAACAAGAAAACAAUUGAAUGGUUUAUUAAAUCACGGAGAUUCGCCAUAUAUCCGUGCAUUAGGGUUUAUGUAUAUUCGUUUCACGCAACCUCCUGGAGACUUAUACAAUUGGUAUGAAAAUUAUUUUCUAGAUGAAGAAGAGAUCGAUGUUAAAGCUGGUGGAGGACAAAUUAUGACAAUUGGUCAAAUGGUAUAUCAAUUUUUAACUAAACUUGAUUGGUAUUCUACAUUGUUCCCUAGAAUACCUGUACCGAUACAAAAACAAAUUGAAACAAGUGUAGAAAAAUAUUGUCGAGGUAAUAAUGUGAGCCUGCAUAUUCUAUCUGGCGGUUUUUCUGUGUCAAAGGGUCGAAAAGGAUAUGGUGACGAUUGUAGUAGCGGAGAUACAGAUAAUGGUGGGUAUCGUGAAUCUAAGCGUUAUGGUAAUGAACGUGAACGAAAAAAAUAUGACGCAGAAUACGAUGAACGCAGUGGAAAACAUCAUUACUUAGAUCGAUUAGCAGAUAGCCGCGAUGACAACGAUCGAAGAAGAGAUAGGGAAAGAGACAGAGACCGAAGAAAAUAUAGAGAUAGAUCCAGAUCUCGCUCAGGAGAUAGAAAACGUUAUAGUAAUUCUAAAGAAGAUAGUAAAAAUUUAUACAGACAUAGUGAAACAGAAACAAGACACCGUAGUAGCAAGGACGAUAAAUACAGAGAUACAAAAUAUGAACGAAGAUAUUACUGAAAUUCAACGAGCUGCAUUGUUAUUUUUGCAUUGUACAAAAUACAAUUGUAACGAAUUUCAUGCGAGUAUGUAUAUAAAAUAGAAAAAAACUUAAAUGCAUUAUUUAGAAUACAACAUAUUGGAAUUUGUAUUUUGUUUUAUAAUUAAAUAGGUCUAAAUUUAAUUUUCAAAAGAAAAAUUUUUACCAAUUAUAAUUAGAAGUGUUCUUGUGUAAUGCAAAACUUCAUUACUUUAGAUUUGAGUUUUUUGUAUUUUAUUUAAGAAAAUCGAUUAACAUAAUAUUAAAAAAUUAGUCUUUAGUGAAUGUAAGUUUUAUGAAUUUUUUUAUUUUUAAAUUUUUGAAUAACAGUUUGGAUUCUAUCUUCAGUAAUAUUAAAAAAAAUAAAAAAUAAAUUGAUAUAAAAAACUAUUAAAGAUAAUUGAAUGGUUUUUUUUUUAAAUAUGGGUUUCUAGUGUUUCAAUUCUUUGAUUUCCGUCUUUUACGUGUUCAUAUAAAAAUAUUCAAUUACCAACUUAUCU